AUGAUCCUAUGUUAUCUUGGUCAAAAAUUGUUAGAUGAAAGUCAAAAUGUGUUCUACCAAAUAUAUGCUGUGAAAUGGUAUACAUUCUCACCGAGAUUAAAAUCGCUGUUGAUUACUACUCUUCACAGAAGUUUUAUACCUUGUGGUUUAACAGCUGGUAACUUAUUUUCAUUAUCAAUGGCGACUUUUGCUGCAGUAGUACAAAUGGGCAUAUCCUACUUCACAACAUUCUUAUCACUCAAAAAUUAG